GCUUCGCAGCGGUGACGGCGAGAGCGAGCCAGGGCGGAGGACGCACGGAUCCGGAUUUUCUGCUGUGUGGGCUCGGCUCUCGUCCUGCCCCUCUCUCGCCCCCCCUUCAUUGGGUCCUGGCUUUGCAUAUUUCACAUCUCUCGACUCUGUCCUCUCCCCACCACUGGACGUCUUCCCGUCUCUAAAUGGAAUUAGUGGAGCUCGGAGCCUCUGGUGUAACGAACAGACAUGAUCUAUGGACGCAGUGUGCUUCACAUUGUAGCAAGUUUAAUCAUCCUCCAUUUGUCUGGGGCAACCAAAAAAGGAACAGAGAAGCAAGCCACCUCAGAAACACAGAAGUCAGUGCAGUGUGGAACUUGGACAAAACAUGCAGAGGGAGGUGUCUUUACUUCUCCCAACUACCCCAGCAAGUACCCCCCUGACCGAGAAUGCAUCUACAUCAUAGAAGCGGCCCCAAGACAGUGCAUUGAACUUUAUUUUGAUGAAAAGUACUCUAUUGAACCAUCUUGGGAGUGCAAAUUUGAUCAUAUUGAAGUUCGAGAUGGACCUUUUGGGUUUUCUCCAAUAAUUGGACGUUUUUGUGGAAAACAAAAUCCACCUACAAUAAAAUCCAGUGGAAGAUUUCUGUGGAUUAAAUUUUUUGCUGAUGGCGAGCUGGAAUCUAUGGGAUUUUCAGCUCGAUACAAUUUCACACCUGAUCCUGACUUUAAGGACCUUGGAGUUUUGAAACCAUUACCAGUGUGUGAGUUUGAAAUGGGCGGUCCAGAAGGAAUUGUGGAAUCUAUACAGAUUAUGAAGGAAGGCAAAGCUUCUGCUAGCGAGGCCGUUGAUUGCAAGUGGUACAUCCGAGCUCCUCCACGAUCCAAGAUCUACUUGCGAUUCUUGGACUAUGAGAUGCAGAACUCAAAUGAAUGCAAGAGGAAUUUUGUGGCCGUGUAUGACGGCAGCAGUUCUGUGGAGGAUCUGAAAGCCAAGUUCUGCAGCACUGUGGCCAAUGACGUCAUGCUGCGCACAGGCCUGGGGGUGAUCCGCAUGUGGGCGGACGAGGGCAGUCGGAACAGCAGAUUUCAGAUGCUCUUCACAUCCUUUCAAGAACCUCCCUGUGAAGGCAACAUGUUCUUCUGCCACAGUAACAUGUGUAUCAACAGCACCCUGGUGUGCAAUGGGCUCCAGAACUGUGUGUAUCCUUGGGAUGAAAACCACUGCAAAGAAAAGAGGAAAGCGGGCCUGCUGGACCAGCUGACCAACACCAGUGGGACCGUCAUCGGGGUGACUUCCUGCAUUGUCAUCAUCCUCAUUAUCAUUUCCGUCAUCGUGCAGAUCAAACAGCCUCGUAAAAAAUAUGUCCAGAGGAAGUCAGACUUUGACCAGACCGUUUUCCAGGAGGUGUUUGAGCCCCCUCACUACGAGUUAUGCACUCUCAGAGGGGCGGGGGCCACGGCCGACUUUGCGGACGUGGGCGAUGACUUUGACAACUACCAUAAACUGCGGAGGUCCUCUUCCAAGUGCAUCCAUGACCAUCACUGUGGAUCCCAGCUGUCCAGCGCGAAAGGCAGCCGCAGCAACCUCAGCACAAGAGACGCGUCUGUUCUGACGGAGAUGCCGCCCCAGCCCGUCAAACCCCUCGUCCCGCCCACAAACAGGAGGAACAUCCUGGUCAUGAAACACAACUACUCACAAGAUGCUGCAGACGCCUGCGACAUCGACGAGAUCGAGGAGGUGCCAACCACGAGCCACAGGCUGUCCCGACACGAGAAAGCCGUCCAGCGGUUCUGCCUCAUUGGGUCUCUAAGCAAACACGAAUCUGAAUACAACACCACUAGGGUCUAAAAAGAAAAUUCAAGAGAAGAACUAUUUAUACAAACAUGGGCACUGUGCAAAGAAAAUUCUAUAGUGAAUUGUGAAAAGUGGACAUAUUUCUAAAUCCAUUCCACUGCCUUUACCCAAACUUAAGAAUUACAGACAUUUGUUAUUUCUUCGGCAAGACAUCCCCGCUGCACAAUGAUGUGUUCAUUUCGUAAUUUGGUUGCUGGCCACCAAGUGCUCCUUAGUAUUUAAAUACAUUUCGAGAUUUACUGGAAACUUGAAGAAGAAAUUAGUUCCUGAUUCAGACUAUUCAUUUUUACUUUCACUUCCACUUUGUUUCUAUGUUGUUUCACGUCUCUUAUAUAAUUGUAUAUUGUGUGGUAUGUGAAAAAAACACGAUUUGGGAUGAACUUGGUGUCACAUGUACGUUGUUUUUAUUACAUAGACUGAUUGAGAAUAGUCGUCCUGAGUGAGUCUGAACAUGCAACAGUGAAAAUGUGGACCAUGGGAACAGCAGCCAGAGGUUUUCUGGACUGAGAAUACACGUCUGUUGUAUUAGGAAUAAAUGCAGCCAGAAGUAAUGAGUAAAAUGACCAGAGGGCAAUAAGAAAAGUCUCAUUCUUUGGUAUUUCUUCUGUACCCCUGAUUUCCUUAUUUUGUUUAUUUUAUUUCAAAGGAAAAUACCCAGUUUCAGAAAUAGUUUUUGAAAUCAGCAUUUCACCAUUUAUUAUACCCUUCAAUAGCAAUGUUUUUGCUUCAGCACUUAGCAAUUUGACUGAAUUGACAGACAGUUUGAGAAAACCCCUGCAUGUCAGUUCUGGAUAUUUCGGUUGGAACAUACCCUCUCUCUGAGACACAUUGUAAAAAGCAUGCGUUCGCCAACCCUGCUGUCUCUCCUCCAUGUCUUUGUAUCAUCUGCUUGCUCCUUGUAACUUUUUAUAUAAAGAUAUAUAAAAAUGUACAAUAAUUUCCUAACUUGAGUUAAGAGAAAUGUUUUCUUCCAUUAGAGUGAAAAAAAAAUGACUUACACACUUUGUAUCAACUUUUUCCUCACUGUAGGCGUCAGGAUGCCCUUUAGCAUUGAGGCUUAUCUCCAAAAUUUUAUGGAUUGCAUUCUGGUUUUAGAAUAGGAAAGUCUUUUAUAAAUGCUUUUAAACCACCAGCCAUUUUAGGACCCAAAUUACACCAUUCUUAUACUGAGGCACACAUAUGAUACGUGAAGUCUUAACUAAUUAAGAUGUGUUUAUAUAUAAGUAAAGUCAAAUCAUGCAAUAUAUUUAAGUGCUGUUGAAUGAUAUACACACUCUAUUAAAUUUGAUUCAAUGAUUGGGUACUUUUUAAAUAUUGAAUAUGUAUUCCUAGAAAAUAAAUUUUUAAAAAAUAAUUAUUAUAAAUUGGCUUGCAAACAUGUUUAAAAUUACAGAAUUCUGUAGAAUUCUGUCCUUUAAACAGCAAAGGUGUCUGAUGUAUCACAAUUUAAACCUUAUAAAUCAAGUUGACUUCACAAACCUAAUAGAUUAAUUACUCACAUACACCCCCAUCAGGGAUUCAAUUUUAUAUAUGUCACACACACAAAUAAAUGGGGGAAAAAAAGAAAAAUGUAGUGACAGAAAAAAUAAACAAAUAUCAUAACUCUGAAUAGUCUAUAUUUUUUAAAAUGUCAAUUUCCAGAAAUAGUCACUCCCAUGAAUGUGAUUAGCUGGUGAAUAGAAAAAAAUAUAUUGAGCACAAUAAAGAUAUGUUUUUAUUUUGCUACAUAUUUUUAUAUACAUUGCUUAUGUUAAAAUUUAGCCUUUUUUGUUUGACUUGACUGGUUUAUUUAUUAGCAUGGCUAUAUUUAUGCCCUGUAAUUCAAGUUUAAUGCAUCCAGAUAUUAUUUUUUGGAAGCGAUUAGCUAUAUUUUACUCAUAUUACUUUAUUUAGACAUCAUCAUAGGGCCCUUUACACUUUGAAUGAAUCAGAAAAGUAUAAUCUACAUGCCAAGGCCCUUUAGAAUAGCAAAAAGGCAGGAAAAUAGGUGAACCCUCUACAGUCAUCUGUCCAUAGCCAUCCAAAGGCCUUGCUCUUCUACAGUUCCUUCUAAAUAUACAGAAGUCUUCUGAUUUGCUAGUUCAAUGCAUAAAAUAUAUAUGCACCAGAAAUCCACUAAUAGAGACUUAAAAAACAAAUAUCCAACUACACCAACUAUAAUAAUAACACUGGAUUGCAUGUAUUUAUUUAAUACACAUCAGCUUCAUGGGAAAACAAAUGAAGAAUAGGCCCCUUUAGGGGUAAUAUUAAAAGAUUCUUAUCAGUGAGCAUUGACUAAUCAGAAAGGAUAGUAGUGGUAAUGCUGAGGCAGAGUCUUGGAGGUGGCUGUUGUCUUUGAGCAGGGAGAUGUUCUUUGGAUGCCCCCAGAACAGACUCUUUAAAGACCAGUAUUGAAAUAUAUCCAUAUGUCAAAAACUCCAAUUUACUGACGAUAUCAGGCCAGGUCACCUGAAUACCAGCCUUUGGUUUACACCUAAUUGGGCAGACUCAGGUAGGUAAGGAAGGAGUGGUUUCAAGACUUUGGAGAUGUUUCAAUAUGUUUCAAGUCAUGUUAUUUUAAGAAAUAAUUAUAUUUUUGAUAAAGUGAUUUCAAAUAAUCCUAAUUCCAUGUUUUCAAUAAUGUAAUUAUACAUGAUGUUAGUUAAUUGGGAAAUAGCUGUUUCCGUUUUAUUUCUCUGUUUGAAUUCACUUUCAAGACCUGGGAGGCAUGUCAUUAUGUGAAAUGCCUCUGAGGUCCUGAACUGAGCUCUUUCUUUCUGUCCAAGUGCUUUUCAAUGGCCUAAUUCAGGUUGAUGUGCUGACUAGGAAAUACCUGUGUGAUUUUUCUGUGACUGAUUUUACGCACAUGCCGUUUUAUGCAUCAUAUUGCAUAAUAGGCAUGCAAUGUUUGAUUUGCCAUAAUUAACUUCCCUUUGAUUAAAAAAUCAAAAUGUGGCUACAAAUCUAAUUGGAGAUCAUGUUGUUGGACUUUUCAAGGAGACCAAUCCACUUUGUGGAGAUGCUGACUUUUCUGUUUCAUGUUAUUUUUUUUCUACUAGAAUUAUUUCAAUGGGUCCGACUCCAUAAAUUGUCUUUCUUGGUGUUUAAUAAAGUUAGAUCUUUGACAUUA